AUGCCGCAGCUGGCCGCCCUCCGCUGGGCUCUGGCAGCGCCCCCGCCGUGCCCGCGCCGCGCCGUCGAGGCCGAGCCCGAUGGGGCCGGCCUCGGGGCCAGGGCCAGGGCGGCGGCCUCCGCCCUGCCCGCGCCGCUCGGGCUGCGCGCGGCGGGCGGCGGCGCGCUGCGCGACUCGCUGCUGCAGACGCCCCCGCUGCUGGAGGCGCUGCGCGAGGCGCCGCGCAGCGACAGAGCGCGGCGGCGGGUCUCGAAGCUCUUCGAGGACCAGAGCCCCGGCGAGGACAAGAGGCUGGGCUACGGCCAGGUGCUGGCGUUGCUGCGGCAGCUGUGGUCGGGGCAGUUGAGGCUGUCGGGGAGCGUACUCGAGGACGCUGAGAACGACGCCGCCGCCCUGCUGAUCUCCCUCGACCUGGACAAGGAUGGGAGGGUCGGGCUUGACGAGUUCAUCGACUUCUUCGCUGCCGUCACGGAGGCAUCCGAGGUGGGCGCAGGUCGCGGCUUCCACAGCUAUCUGCUCCAGAAUUGGGUCGGCGAUUCGGUCUCCGGUGCCCGGCUGUCCGUGCCCUACGGGGUGGGCAUCCUCGGCCGCACGGCGCUGGGUCUCUCCGACAGCAUGGACAUGCUCAGCCAGGACAUACGUUACACGUUCCGGCUGCUCAACAAGCUGCUUGACGGCGAGGAGAUGGAUGAGGUGGAGGUCUCGAUGCUGAGGCGAGCCGCGAGUGAUCUGGUGACCUACGUGCCCCACAUCGCCGUCGCGAUGUGGCCCCUUCCCCUGUACGGCCACGCCUUCGUCUUCGCCCUGGUCAAGACCUGCGCGCCCCACCUCUGCCCGUCGUCCUUCGGCGGGUCCAGGCUGCGAUUGGCAGGCGCGCUGCGGUCCGUGCGGCAGCACCCGGAGUACCAGGCGUGGUGGUUGUUCGGGGAGGGGCCCUCAGAGGAGGUCGACGAGGCCGUGGCGGGCAUCCUUGGGCUCGGCACGGGCGACUCCGCGGCGCGGAAGACAGGGAUCAACGAGCUGUUCAGGAAGCUGGAUGAGCAUGACACCGGCAGCGUCACUCACACGCAGGUGUUGAGCAUCGUCCAGUCUGUUUGGAACGGCAGGCUCAGCCUGCCCAUGCUGAGGAUGGACGACGUUCGCAUGGACGCGACCUCUCUCAUGGUGGCCCUGGACAGCAAGGGCACCAGUCUGAUGACGCUGGGCCAGUUCUCUGAGUUCCUGGAGACCCUGGCAGACGUGGUCAACUCGUACACCAACGAGGAGCUUCUCAACCUGACCAGCUUCCAGGCCGACGGGCAGAAGCAGCAGGCCGUCAGCAGUUUCGUCUCCGUCGCGCGGGCGGGCCUGGUGCAGCUGGUGGACGGCCUGUCCAUCUUGGCUCGCGACGUGCAGCAUGGGGCCCGCCUGGCCUUUUUCUUCCUCGGCAUCCGGGCUGCGAGGGGCAGGACCCUGUCAAACAUGGACGCUGCCAUGCUGAACAGGGCUGGCAGAGACGCCUUAACCCUCGUGCCGUACGCGGCCGUCUACUUUGCUCGCACCACGCUGUUCCUCCAGAUCUUGGCGAUCGUGCUCAUCUGGAAGAACGUGCCCUCGUGCAUCCCCUCCGCAUUCAGCAAGCACCGCCGGAGGCUGGCGAGCGCCUGGCGCGCCAUCGCCGCCAAGAAGCGGGAGCGGGUCUACGCCGACUGGCUGAGCUUCGAGCGGUCGCGCUCCUCCAGCCCGGACGACGGCGCGGCAGAGCCGGGCGCGCAGGGGCGGGCGCAGGAGCUCUUCGAGCAGCACGACGCGGACGGCGGCGGCACGCUCACCUACGGCAGGGCGCUCGGCCUGGUGAGGGCGGCGUGGGGCGGCACGCUGCGGCGGCCGCACCACCCUGGAGGCUUCGUCCUGCUGGACGUCGUGGCGCUGAUGGCCCAGUGCGACCGGGACGCCGACGGGGCCCUGACGCUGGCCGAGUUCACGGAGCUCCACGAGGCGCUGCAGCGCUUCUCGCUGGAGCCCCGCGCGGCCGGGGAGGCGCCCGCCGGGCCGCCGGCCCGGCCGCGCGGCGUGGCGACCGGCGCGACGGCGCCUGCAGCCGUGGCUCGCAGGUGCGACCCUGGUGACAUGGACGCUUAUCGGCGGCGCCUGGUCAGCUUCAAGGCUCCCAUGUGGUUCAACAAGCCGCUCGGCGCCAGCCCCAUCGAGUGCGCCGUGCGCGGCUGGCGCUGCGCGGGGGCCGACGUCGCGGAGUGCGACUGCUGCGGCGGCCAAUUCCGAGUGGAGAGGCAUCCCGGCAAGGGCGGCUGGCUCGCGAACGGCGUGCCCGUGGCGCCCGCGGACGCCGCGGCCGAAGGGGGCGGCGCCGCCGGCGCCGCGGCGGGGGCGCCCUGCGGCCCUCGCGCGGCCUGGGCGGAGGCCUUGAUCCAGGGCCACUGCCCCUUCUGCCCCUGGCGGAGCCACGAGGUCCUUCUCGCGGACCAGUCCAAGCUCUCGGACCGCGAGGUGGCCGAGGCGGUGGAGCAGCGCCUGCAGGGCCUCCGCGCCAAUCUGCGAUGCGUGCCCAGCAUUGUCGACGUCGAUGGCGAGGCUGGUACGCAGGAUGGCGGCGGGCUGGCCACUUUGGCACGAGCAGGCUGGGAGUACGCGUGGCGCAUGGACUACGACGGAGUCUCGGUCGAGUACCUGCGCUGCACCCUGUGCCUGCGGGCGGUCGCGGCGCAGGCGUUCGCGCACCGGCGGAGGUCCACGGAGGGCGAGCCUCCCGCCAAGGCCGCCCGCAAGGCGGACGCGGGCGCCGGCGAGUUGCUGCCGCCGGAGCCCAAGCUCCGGAAGCUGCGGACGCCGGGGCCCCAGGCCGUGCCGCCCGGCGCGGCGGAGCUGUUGGACCCGUUUGCGUUGCACCGCUUCUACUGCCCGAUGUACAGCCGCCCCGACGACCGCUUAGGCGAGGCAGCGACGCGGGCGAUCCGCGCACACGCGGCCGCCGCGCCUGCAGAGGCCGCCGAGGCCGCAGACGGCAGCAGUGGCUGCGCCCCCGACGCCGCUGCGCUGGCGGCGGACGGCCCCGAGGAGCUGCUCCGCCAGCUGGGGGCAAUCCUGCCGCCGGUCUGA